AUGGCGGAUCCUCGGGAAGAAAAAGAGAAGCAAUUCUUAACUGAAGUCGCCGAGUUAGAUGAAGCAUUGAGAGUGUUGGAUUCUUCUCUGUCUCAAAUCAAAUGGCGACUCAAAUAUGCAAGACGUCGACUUGAGACAGAUAUUCUAGCUUUGUGUACAGGAAUGAGGCCAGUGAUAAUGAUAGACUAUGGUGGAAAGAUGCCUGAACUGCAAGAGAGAUUUUGCGCUCUUUUAAAACUUUGUCAAAAGGAUUUGCCCAUUUUUGAGCAUCUGAGAGUAAUGAUUAUAGAAGAAAUGAUAUAUUUAGUUCACACUAGAGCGCUUGCUGAUCAUGUUAGGUCAAGCUUGAACUCAGAACGACAGCUGCUCUUUGUGGACCUUGAACAAGAUCCUCCGAAGAUGAUAACAGAAGCAGAAAAAAGCCCACUGGUGAUGCAGCUUAUAUCAAUUCAGAAGUUGUUCUCUUCGUCAUUUCCUCUUGGUGAAAGGAAAGAUGAUGAAUCAUCAUCUCACAGUAUAGAUAACAUGGUUGAUGCUAAACCGCCCAGAAAUGAACUUAUCCCUUCUCAGUCAUCUAACUUUAUUGAUCUUAGUAGCUGCAUGCAAAACACUCAGGUCACUUUGCCAACAUUAAAUGGAUGGCUUCUUGGUUAUCCAGUUGUGUACAUGUUCAUCAAGGAGCACGGCGUUAAGGCUGUUCGUAAUAUUUCUAGCAAGUAUCUUCACAUCUAUAGAAUAUCAGUAUGCAGGAACGGAACCCCCAAUAAAGAAUCUGAACUAGAAGAACUCUUGAGUUUCUCGGUCCCCUACGAUCUAAGCAUGAGAGGGAGCAAGGAAAAAUGGGCAGAGGCAUUUUUGGCUCAUAUGCAGGGGAAGUGGGAAAUAUGCAAGCCUGCUUGGAGGUAUUUGCAGAUGGAGAGAAUACCAGCGAUGCAGUCCCUAGCGAUACCUUUUCAACGCCACAUGUCGAUUGAUAAAUCUUCCAAUGAAUCUCUUCUAUCAUCUCAAAAUCCUGCUAAAAAAGAAUCCAUCAAAAUGGAACAAAGAUCUCGUAACUUAUCAAUCGAUGAAGACAAUCAGCUUGUGUCUGUUUGGCUCAAUGUUUGCUUAGAUGCAGAUAAUGGAGAUGAGCAAAAAAGUAGUGGGUAUUGGAAAAGAAUAUGGGAGUAUUUCAACAAGGGAAAGAAAUUUACUUUUGAGCGUUUUGCUGAUUCUCUAAUGGACUGUUGCUCAGCCAUGCAAUUUGCAGUGCAUUAUUUUUGUGGGUACUAUGCCCAGAUUAAAGCAAUGAAACAAAGUGGUGUCAACGAUCAAAUAGGGGAACAACUAAAAGAGGAAGAGAGGAUAAUGUUGAUUGAUACUAUUGGCUUGCCCCAAAUGCAAGCAGAAAAUCUGUCAGAUGGAAAUCACGGCGAAAAAAAGAGGUUGGUAGUAGUUUAG